GUUGUAAUUGUAAAUUGAAAUGGAAGAGAGAAAGAAAAAAAGCAGGGGAAAAGGCCAGUAGCAAGCUAGCAAGUACAAUGAAAGCGGGAAACAUCCUCGGAAAUGCUUGCAUUCCAUGGAAACCCACACUCCCACCCCACCUCCCUCCUCCCCUCUCCAUCUUCCGUUGCUUCUCUGCCUUGCCUUCUUCCAGUUCACUGAAAACCAAAAUGAAGCCGAAGAGAGAUUGGGCUGCUGAUUGGAUAUCGAAGUACGACGACACCGUUCGAGGCUUUCCCAUAUUUGUCGGAGGUGCUUCUCUCUUAGCCGUGCUCGUCAAUCGCGCCGUUACAGGCAUAGCUCCCGUUGCUGAUGCCAGCAGUUCACAAUCGAGGGCUGAUUUGUUAACACUUGGAUUGGCUGUUACUAAUAUAUUAACUGGUCUGGUAUGGCUGACAAUUCGCCCUAAAUCUAUCUCUGUGGUAAAUCCUCAAGGCGUGGAAUGCCGGUUUAUAUUUUCCCACCUUCCUGAUUUUGUAGUUUCCGAGCUUUUAUGGGCAUGGGAGUCUCUGUCAGGUGUUACAUGCUGCAGGUCUCUAGUUGUUGUUUAUGAUUGCCGUUGUAUCCUACAAAUUGGGGUGGCAGCUGAAUCUGUCAAUAAUGAAGCACUGGCUGUUGAUGCAGCCAAGUUGAUGCAAGGAUCUCUUUACCAGGCUGCUAUAAAAUCUGCAUCUCAGAGCUACUUGGCCAACCUUUCUCUCUACCCUGGGAGAUCUGAGUUGCCAUUUCUACCUUUGAACACACAGGCAGUGAUCUUGCAGCCGCUCGGAGACAAAGGAAUUGUAAUAAUUGGUGGUGACACAAUUAGGGGGUUCACAUCUUCCGACCAGGCAUGGAUUACGCUUAUUGGAGAAAAACUGGAAGCUACUCUUGCAAAAUAUGUUACAAAUGAACGAUUGGCAGUGCAAGAUAGACUCUGAAAAUAACUAUAUCCAACUGUGGAUUCUCAUGUGUAUAUAUAUAGCAUUUGCUGUGUCCAUUAUUUAAGGAGACAAAAUGUCAUCAAACCAAAUCAUAGCGAGGCAGAACGAAGAUGGAGUGAAAACAGGAGGCAUUGUAUGGUGAGCCCACCUCGUGCCAAAUGUGUGGGUUUCUAGGGAUAGACACUUUGACUUUUGAGUUGUAAUAGCACAUGAAGCAUAAACAUUUUUCAAAUUUUCAUUAAUGAGUUUACAGAUUGAGCUGGUAACCUUAACAUUUGUACCACUUAUGGUUCAUAGCAGCUUGAUCAUUAUUUCUUUUC